AUGCCGGUUAUGAAAGGAUUGCUAGCGCCUCAAAACACAUUUCUGGACACUAUCGCGACGCGUUUUGACGGCACACACAGUAACUUCAUCCUGGCCAACGCGCAGGUGUCGAAGGGCUUCCCCAUCGUAUACUGCUCGGAUGGCUUCUGCGAGCUGACGGGCUUCGUGCGCACCGAGGUGAUGCAGAAAAGCUGCGCCUGCAGGUUUCUGUACGGCCCCGAGACCAGCGAGGCCACCGUCCUGCACAUCGACCACGCCCUCGAGGACAAGAAGGAGUUCAAAGGGGAGAUCAUCUUCUACAAGAAGACUGCCGCUGUGUUCUGGUGCCUGCUGGACAUCGUUCCCAUUAAAAAUGAGAAGGGGGAUGUGGUCCUUUUCCUGGCCUCCUUCAAGGACAUCACCGACACCAAGGUGAAGGUCAUUCCAGAGGACAAGAGGGAAGAGAAACGCAAGGGCCGUGUGAAAAGCCAGUCAGCCUUCAGCGCCGCGCGACUCCGGGGCGGGACCGUCCUCUACCACAUCUCCGGACACCUGCACAGCCGAGAGAGGAAGAGCAAGAUAAAACUCAACAAGAACGUGUUUGGAGACCCCCCCGCCCUCCCUGAGUACAAGGUCGCCGACGCCAAGAAGUCCAAAUUCAUCCUGCUGCACUACAGCACCUUCAAGGCGGGCUGGGAUUGGCUGAUUCUGCUGGCCACCUUCUACGUGGCCGUCACCGUGCCCUACAACGUCUGCUUCAUCGGGUUCGACGACCUCACACGCAGCACCACCGUCAGCGACAUCGCCGUGGAGAUCCUCUUCAUAAUCGACAUCAUCUUCAGCUUCCGCACCACCUACGUCAGUAAGUCCGGCCAGGUGAUCUUCGAGGCACGGCUCAUCUGCAUUCACUACGUCACCACCUGGUUCAUCAUCGACCUGGUGGCCGCGCUGCCCUUUGACCUCCUGUACGCCUUCAAAGUCAGCGUGGCCUCGGUGGUGCACCUGCUGAAGACGGUCAGGCUGCUGCGUCUGCUGCGCUUGCUGCAGAAGAUGGACCGCUACUCUCAGCACAGCACCGUGGUGCUCACCCUGCUGAUGUCCAUGUUCGCCCUGCUCGCCCACUGGAUGGCCUGCAUCUGGUACGUCAUCGGCAAGAAGGAGAUCGAGGCCAACGCCAAGAGCUGGGACAUCGGCUGGCUGCACGAGCUGGGGAAGCGGCUGGAGUCUCCGUACGGCGGCGGGGUGAACGGCUCCGCAGGACCGCCCCUGCGCAGCGUCUACAUCGCCUCCCUGUACUUCACCCUCAGCAGCCUGACCAGCGUGGGCUUCGGCAACGUCUCCGCCAACACCGACGCCGAGAAGAUCUUCUCCAUCUGCACCAUGCUGAUCGGAGCACUGAUGCAUGCCCUGGUCUUUGGGAAUGUGACGGCCAUCAUCCAGCGCAUGUACUCUCGCUGGUCCCAGUACCACAUGCGCACCAAAGACCUGAAGGACUUCAUCCGGGUGCAUCAUCUGCCCAGCCAGCUCAAACAGCGCAUGCUGGAAUACUUCCAGACCACCUGGUCCGUCAACAACGGCAUCGACGCCAACGAGCUGCUGAAGGACUUCCCCGACGAGCUGCGCUCUGACAUCACCAUGCACCUGAACAAGGAGAUCCUGCAGCUGUCCCUCUUCUCGUCGGCCAGCAGGGGGUGCCUGCGCUCCCUCUCCCUGCACAUCAAGACGUCGUUCUGCGCCCCGGGGGAGUUCCUGCUGCGGCAGGGCGACGCGCUGCAGGCCAUAUUCUUCGUCUGCUCCGGCUCCAUGGAGGUGCUGAAGGACGGCAUGGUGCUGGCCAUCCUGGGGAAAGGAGACCUGAUCGGGGCGAACAUGUCCCCAGAAGAGCGUGUGAUAAAGACGAAUGCGGAUGUGAAGGCGCUGACGUACUGCGACCUGCAGUGUGUGAGUCUGCGUGGGCUGUACGAGGUGCUGGACCUGUACCCCGAGUACGCCCACCGCUUCGUCCAGGACAUCCAGCAGGACCUCACCUACAACCUGCGGGAGGGGCACGAGUCCCACGUAAUCUCGAGACUGUCCAACAAAUCAUCAGUUCCACAGGCAGGAGGAAAAGGGAACGGGCAAAUCGCCACUCGCCGCCCAGCGAUUAUUGAGUAUGAGGAGGAGGAGGAGGAAGAUGAGAGCAGUCCGAUUUGUCCAGAUUCGGAGAGGAAGCAGGGCUUUUACCCUAGAGAGGCACGUGAGGGGAACUCGUCAGGACUCAGACCAGAGCGGACCGACACAUGCUGUGCUGACCUGGGAAAGAAGAUCAAGAUCCAACACCCUACUGUACAGAACCAGGACCCCUCAGAUCUCAGCCCAAGGAUUGUGGAUGGUACUGAAGACAGCGUGGGCACUGAGAGCUCUCCAGCCUUCCAGUUCUCCCAGACCCAGCGGCCCCCAUCCUGUGGCCUGGCCAGCCCUGCAGGUAUUCACUCCAUCAGCACGGCCGAGCUGGCAGCAAAGGCGGAAGAAACAAGGGGACACUUACAGCAGCUAAACCAGGAGGUGAGUGCCCUGGGCCAGGAAGUGGCUGAUUUGGGACAGUCCAUGAGGAGAAUGAUGGCGCUGAUGGAGGGGCUUUUCUCUGCCCCCCAGCCUCCACCCGUCUGCCCCACCCGCUCUGCGGACUGCCUCCUCUCCUACACGACCCGGAGCACCCCACCCCAAACCUGUCGACGGCACCCCCAGCCGGAGGGCCCUUGCACAGACCCUGCCCUGACUCCGCCCCUUGCCACGCCCAGCCUGUGGCAUGUGCAAGCUGGGCGUGCCGCGGAGAGUGUCCCCAGGACAGGGUCUCCUCUGCUCUCCGGGGGCGGAACUCCAAGAACCAUCUCCCUCCACAUGGAAGCCCUAACCCGCCAGCCCCAGUACCCCGCGACCACCCCGAGGCCCCCGCUCCCCUUCCCCUUCUCCCCAUGCAGUGACCCCCUGAGGCUCAGCCAGGCAGCAGCCCCCCAGACCCCCCCACGGUCGCCCUCCGCCUGCUCCACACCUGAAAACGUUUCCUGGACACCCUGCGCCCACCGGUCCAGAUCGCACAGCCUCGCUGGUGCCCCCGCCCCCCCCUCACCGAGCCCCAGGGGUUUCCCCAUCAGAGUCCCCUCCUCUCCCGGGGGCAGUCUCACCCUGAGGGGACAGACCCCUGCUGGCAGUGUCCUGCUGUGGUCAGUAGGGGGCGCUCUGCUCUGCCUGCUGCCCUCCACCCCGCCGGACGAGCUGCACCGGGUGCUCUCAGGUGUUCCUGUUGGGGGAAUGAUCCAGGAGCCUCUGAAGCUGCAGAAGGCCCUGCAGGAUGUGGCUCAGAGCCGGUCGGCAGCUGAUUCAGCGCUUCUGAGGCAGGAGAGUGAUUGA